AUCAUAGCCCAUUAAUGAGUUUUGGAGCCAGCUUUGUCAGUUUUUUGAAUGCCAUGAUGACAUUUGAGGAAGAAAAAAUGCAGUUGGCCUGUGAUGACUUAAAAACUACGGAAAAGCUGUGUGAAAGUGAAGAGGCUGGAGUGAUUGAAACAAUCAAGAAUAAGAUCAAGAAGAAUGUUGAUGUCCGAAAAUCUGCCCCAUCCAUGGUCGAUCGACUUCAGAGGCAGAUAAUCAUCGCUGAUUGCCAAGUGUACCUGGCUGUGCUUGCUUUUGUAAAACAAGAAUUAUCAGCAUAUAUUAAAGGUGGGUGGAUCCUCAGGAAGGCCUGGAAGAUUUAUAAUAAAUGCUAUGUGGACAUCAAUGCCCUUCAGGAACUGUAUCAGAAGAAGCUAACCGAAGAACCCUUAACUUCUGACGCUGCAAAUGAUAAUCACAUUGUGGCUGAAGGGGUGUCUGAGGAGUCUCUAAACAGACUGAAAGGUGCUGUUAGCUUUGGAUAUGGCCUUUUUCACCUUUGCAUAUCCAUGGUACCCCCCAACCUGCUCAAAAUCAUCAACCUGCUGGGUUUUCCUGGAGACCGCCUACAAGGGCUUUCUUCACUGAUGUAUGCGAGCGAAAGUAAGGACAUGAAGGCCCCUUUAGCUACAUUAGCUCUCCUGUGGUAUCACACUGUCGUGCGCCCUUUUUUCGCCUUGGAUGGCAGCGACAACAAAGCAGGUCUGGAUGAAGCUAAGGAAAUUCUUCUCCGAAAAGAAGCUGCUUACCCAAACUCUUCUCUCUUUAUGUUUUUCAAAGGACGAAUACAACGAUUAGAGUGUCAAAUCAACUGUGCCUUGACAUCUUUUCACACUGCUUUGGAACUUGCAAUAGAUCAGAGAGAAAUCCAACAUGUGUGUCUAUAUGAAAUUGGGUGGUGCAGCAUGAUCGAGCUGAACUUCAAGGAUGCAUUCGAUUCCUUCGAGAGACUUAAGAACGAAUCCCGGUGGUCUCAGUGCUAUUACGCCUAUUUGACCGCAGUGUGUCAGGGAGCCACUGGUGACGUGGAUGGGGCACAGAUCGUCUUUAAAGAAGUGCAGAAACUCUUCAAAAGGAAAAACAACCAGAUCGAGCAGUUCUCAGUGAAGAAGGCAGAGAGAUUUCGGAAACAGACGCCAACCCAAGUGCUGUGUGUGCUGGCAUCCAUUGAGGUGUUAUACUUGUGGAAAGCCCUCCCGAACUGUUCCUUUCCCAACCUGCAGAGGAUGAGUCAAGCUUGCCAUGAAGUGGAUGAUUCAUCGGUUGUCGGAUUAAAGUAUUUGCUUCUUGGUGCCAUACACAAAUGUCUAGGAAACUCCGAAGAUGCUGUUCAGUUCUUCCAGCGAGCUGUUAAAGAUGAGUUGUGUCGUCAGAAUAACUUGUAUGUUCAGCCCUAUGCUUGCUAUGAACUGGGCUGUCUUCUGAUAGACAAACCAGAGACUGUAGCAAGAGGCAGAACUCUCCUUCUUCAAGCAAAGGAGGAUUUCUCUGGCUACGACUUUGAGAACAGACUGCAUGUGCGCAUCCACGCUGCUCUGGCCUCUCUGAGGGAAUUGGUUCCUCAGUGACCAGCCCCAAGCCUCUGCUUUCCCCCUUCCCGCCCAGGUUCCGCACUUUAAACAGAAGCAGAAGACAAAGCUCUUGUGAAGAAGAUAACUUUGCUUCUGAGAACCACCUGUGCCAGAGACACAUUUUCCAAUUAGGCUGAUGUGUU